ACAGAAUGUGCAUUGGGAAGCUUUUCCAAGCCUGUUACCGCCACCAUGCCAGGAGGAAAGCAAGACUCUUACAGCAUGCCGGCUGUCGGGGUCUGAACUCGGCACUGGGAAGGAAUUAUACAUCCUGUCCCUAUAAAGCUGUGAUCUUUGAUAUGGGUGGUGUUCUCCUUCCUUCCCUGAAACUGGCGGCAGAGUGGGAAGUCCAGAAUUGUGUCUCUCCUGGCACCCUGAGGCAGGCCUUAAUAACUGGAGGGGAGAGCAGGCCCUGGAUGAGGUUCAUGAGAGCGGAGCUGAGCCCGGAAGAGUUUCUACAUGAAUUUGGGCUGCAGUGCUCCAAGAUCGCAGAUUCCCCCGUUCCAGUGGCUUCUUUUCUUUCUGCUCUAACCAGCGAUGCAAUGACCAAACAGCUCCCAGUUAUGACAGAGGCAAUAAAGUGUAUCCGGAUGGAAGGCCUGAAGACGGCAGUGCUGAGUAACAAUUUUUAUUUACACAGCAGAGAAAGCUUCCUUCCCCUGGACCGGAAACAGUUUGAUGUGAUAAUCGAGUCUUGCCGGGAAGGGAUCUGCAAACCGGACCCCCGUCUCUACAAGGUGUGCUUGGAGCGUUUGGGUGUUCAGGCAAAGGAGUGCGUCUUUCUGGACGACAUUGGGCAGAACCUCAAAGCCGCUGCCCAGCUUGGCAUUAAAACAGUGAAGGUUGAUGACCCGGAUUCAGCUCUCCGUGAACUGGAGGCCUGUUUGGGCUUCCCUUUGCAGCGCUCCGUCCCCUACACCCGCCCCGUGAGGCCAGCAAUGGAAAUCCCCAAAGAGCCUCUCCAGAAAUACCUUGAAGGUAUUUGGGGGGCUCAAGCCGAAGGACCUCUGCUACUGCGCCAGUUCAGCCACGGGCAGUCCAAUCCAACUUACUACGUCCAGUUCGGAGAUCACCACGUGGUCCUUAGGAAGAAGCCGCCUGGCAAGCUGCUGCCCUCUGCUCAUGCUGUCGAGAGAGAGUACAGGGUUUUGAAGGCUCUUGCAGGUGCUGGCGUCCCAGUUCCAAAAGUUCUCUCUAUGUGUGAAGAUUCAAGCAUCCUCGGUACCCCCUUCUACCUCAUGGACUACUGCACGGGCCGGAUUUUCAAGGACCCCUCCCUCCCGGGACUUGAACCCAGCCAGCGGAGGGAGAUUUACAUGGCCAUGAACAGAGUCCUCUGUCAGAUCCACAGUGUAGACAUCAAAUCAGCUGGCCUGGAGGAUUUCGGAAGGCAAGACAACUACAUUCAGCGGCAAGUCCAGACGUGGAGCAAACAGUACCGCGCCACGGAGACGCACCCGAUCCCAGCCAUGGAGAGGCUCCUGGCGUGGCUCCCCUCCCACCUGCCGGCCAGCCAGCAGCUCUCGGUCGUGCACGGAGAUUUCAGGCUUGACAAUCUGGUCUUCCACCCGGACAGUCCAGAGGUUGUCUCUGUCCUGGACUGGGAACUCUCCACCUUGGGCGAUCCUCUUUCUGACGUGGCCUAUAACUGCCUGGUGUAUUAUUUGCCAUCUCACUGCAGCAUCAUAAAAGGUUUGAGCAACUGCGACCUGAGCCUGCUGGGCAUCCCCACGCCAGAGGAAUACGCCCUGCUGUACUGCGACCGCACGAGCCUUCCUCCCAUCGAGAACUGGAACUUCUACAUGGCCUUUUCCUUUUUCAGAGUGGCGGCAAUCCUGCAAGGGGUGUACAAGCGCUCGCUCACAGGGCAGGCCAGCUCAGCAACAGCCGAAAGCAGCGGGCGGCAGGCGGAGCAGAUGGCCGACCUUGCCUGGGACUUUGCCACCAAGGAAGGUUUCCGAGUCUUCAAAGGGCUUUCGGUCCCCAGACCUCCAAGAGUGCCGGCUGGUCCCAGCCCACCCCCAAGGAGGAGCUACGCCACGGGGCCCCACUCCGGGUUGGCUCCCGCAUCCAGGUCUCACCUGAUCAUCUCCCUGGAAGGCCUGCCAGGCCGGGUUCAAGAGCUGCAUCGCAAGCUGCAGAGAUUCAUGGAGGCCCACGUUUACCCCGCCGAGCAGGUCCUGCGAGACCACCCUGCCCAGAGCAGGUGGACUCCACAUCCCCUCACAGAGGAGCUCAAGGACCGGGCCAAGUCUGAGGGCCUCUGGAACCUUUUCAUACCAGCGGAGAGUGACCCAGAUAUGAAAUAUGGAGCAGGCCUGACAAAUCUGGAGUACGCCCACUUGUGUGAACUGAUGGGGACUUCACUGUAUGCACCCGAGAUAUUCAACUGCUCCGCCCCAGACACAGGCAACAUGGAGGUGCUGAUACGUUACGGCACGGAAGCACAGAAGGAGCGCUGGCUGCAGCCUCUGCUGGAGGGCAAGAUCCGCUCCUGCUUCGCUAUGACGGAGCCACAGGUUGCUUCCUCUGAUGCCACCAACAUUGAAGCUUCCAUCACCGAAGGAAAAGGCGUCUAUGUUCUGAAUGGACGCAAGUGGUGGAUUUCAGGCUCUCUGGAUCCUCGUUGCCAGCUCUGCAUCUUCAUGGGCAAGACUGACCCUACAGCCCCAAGGCACAAGCAGCAGUCGAUGCUCCUCGUUCCUAUAGACACUCCUGGAAUUACAGUCACUCGGCCACUCACCGUCUAUGGCCUGGAUGAUGCUCCGGCUGGCCACGGGGAGAUCGCAUUUGAAAACGUUUGUGUUCCCCAAGAGAACAUCUUGCUGGGUCCUGGCCGGGGCUUCGAAAUCGCCCAAGGGAGGCUGGGCCCAGGCAGAAUACAUCACUGCAUGAGGCUGAUCGGCUACGCAGAAAGAGCCCUGUCUCUCAUGAAGGAGAGGGUGAUGUCCCGCACAGCCUUCGGAAAGCCCUUAGCGGAACAAGGCACCAUCCGGGCAGCCAUCGCUGAGUCCCGGGUUGAAAUUGAGCAGGCCCGGCUGCUAGUCCUCAAGGCAGCCCACCUCAUGGAUGUUGUGGGAAACAAGGCAACCGCCCUAGAGAUUGCCAUGAUCAAAGUGGUGGCUCCAAAUAUGGCAUUGCGGGUCAUCGACCGGGCCAUCCAGGCCUUUGGAGCGGCAGGACUUAGCAACGACUAUCCACUGGCGCAGUUCUUUGCCUGGGCGCGGGCUCUCCGCCUGGCUGAUGGGCCUGACGAAGUCCACAGAGCAGCCAUCGCCAAAAUGGAACUGAAGCGUUAGCUGGGUUGCAAAUCGUGGCCAGGCUUUACCUUCUGCUAGCUGGAGGCAGGAAAGGAAUCCUGUCCCGCAGCUUUGGAGGGGGCGUCUGAGGCUCCACAGAUGAAUGUGGCCGGUUUCUAAUUUUGGUAUCCAUGUGAAUUCCUGUGGCACUCCAGCAAAGAGUAAGCACAAUCAGUUGCGGGGGGUGGGAAGAAACACAAAAGCAGGUUGCUCGGAAGACUAUGGACACAGCUAAAAUCCCAGCAACUUCAGGGAUUCUUGAGAGGAGAUCCAGCACCCAAAGAUCAUUGACAGCUGGUCCAUUGUGGAUUUCAGUGACUUACUGGGCCAUGCUUUGGUUAGCAAAGAACUGGAUUGCUUCCAGGGCAUUCCUGCUUCUAUGAGGGGAGGUCAGGGGCUGAGUUGAAUAUCCUGAAAAUGUUCAGUUGGGGAGAAAUCAAGGAUUUCCCCAAGGAUCUCUGGCAGAGAGUAACUUCUUCCCUCAUGCUACUUAUUUGAGGAUUUUGUUAUGCUUUGUGGGGAUUUGCACUUUAAUAUGGUGAUUCACUGAUGUAAUUUUUAUAAGGGGAUGAAAAGAAUCCCGGGUGGGGGGGAGCAAACUGAUUUUGAAGCACCUUACAAAACCAGUUUUAAAAGCAAAUAAAAAAGAACACCGCCUCCUCA